AUGCGAGCGUGGGUAUGCAUUUUAUCGGCAAUGUUCGGCCUCAUGAUUCCGAUCUUCCAGGUGACUCCGGCUCUGCUUUGCACGUUCAGACAACUUCCACCUUCCGCAGUGAUAACUGUUCCAACAUACCUCAGUACUGCGCCGAAUUUCAAGCAUGACAUAGGAGAUUGCAUGAAGAUGUGCUACGAGGAUCCGUCCUGUGUUUACGUCAUCUCCUUUAAGGCUGGACCUUGUUCGAUUAAUCCUUCCACGGGCAUAAGCGUACGUGUCGACGAAGUGCAUUACGAUAACGUCGUGGGAGGAGACGUGUAUCAGUUAGAUCGGAACGAGACUGUCAUGGAGUGCCCAAAGUUGGAGGAG